AUGGGAUCUCUAUACUCUAAUAUUUUUCCGAAUUGGUGUUUUACAAAUAAUAACCCUUGGCUUGAUAAAGGGAGGAUAGUUGUUGCAUGGCUGCCAAUUUUGUUUACUGUUGAUAUUAGCUUAUGUACAGCUCAAUUAAUCCACUGUGUUGUGCACCCAAGACAGAAACAAGACAGAUUUGAUGUUACAUUUGUGUAUGGAUUUAAUGAUGAUAAGAAGAGAACUCAACUUUGGAUUGAGUUGGAGGAGAUUUCAAUGCAAAUACGGGGGCCUUGGAUAGUUAUGGGGGAUUUUAAUGAUAUUCUGUUUAGCAAUGAAAGAAAGCCAGAGGAUCGAGUUUUCUCUAAACUAGAUCGAGCCUUAGUUAAUUCUCAAUGGACAGAUUGUUUUCAGUUUUUGGAGGCCAACUUCUUACCUGAGGGAUGCUUUGAUCACAGCCCCAUCUUAGUGUCUCUAUACCAGGAUGUGAUUAGUGGCAGAAAACAGUUUCGAUACUUUCGAAUGUGGAAGGAUGCAAAUGAAUUUGGUGAAUCAAUCGCUAAGAUUUGGCAGGAAGGAGCUUAUGGCACGGAUAUGUAUAAGCUAACAGUAAAACUUAAGCGUUUGAAGAAAAUUCUUAAGUGCAUUAAUAAGGAAGGAUUUCAUGAUAUUCACAAAGCAGAAAUGAUUGCUAAGGAGGAACUGGUGGUUUUGCAGGAAAAAGUGAAUAAAGACCCCCAAGAUUCUCGUUUACUGAUUAAGGAACAAUUGGCUCGAGACAAAUAUGCUAAAGUAUACAAGGCUUAUUCUCUCUUCUUAGCUCAGAAAGCAAAAAUUUCUUGGGCUAAAAAUGGUGAUGAAAACACAGCAAUCUUUCAUGCUUCUCUGAGGGCAAGGAGACUUCAAAACAGAAUAUAUUCAAUAAAGGAUGCGCAGGGGGUCUGGUGUGAUACACCUCAUACUGUUCAGGGAGCUUUUUUACAGUAUUACCAGCAGCUCGUUGGCUCUGAGAUGCAGAACAGACAUCGGGUGAAGAAAUGUAUUAUCAAUCUUGGGCCAAAAAUUUAUGAGUUGCAUUCCAGCAGACUUGAAACCGAGUACACAGCUCAGGAGAUCAAAGAAGCUAUAUUUUCUAUCCCUGGUUUGAAGGCUCCAGGCCCGGAUGGAAGAAUUCUUAAGGCAAUUAAUACGACUACCAUUACACUUAUUCCUAAGAGCAGUUGUCCGCGAAGUGAUUUGGUGAGAUUAUAUGGGCGGAGCAAUUGCAAACCUAGUUGUAUGAUAAAGAUUGACUUAAGGAAAGCAUAUGACACAAUAGAAUGGGGGUUCAUUGAAGAGAUGCUCAAGGCUUUUGAUUUUCCUCAAUCCUUUUCAGACUUAAUAAUGGUGUGUGUAACAACUCCCAUGUUUUCCUUGCUUCUCAAUGGUUCUUUACAGGGGUUCUUUGCAUCAAAAAGAGGACUUAGACAAGGGGAUCCCAUUUCCCCCUUGUUGUUUGUUCUUGGUUUGGAAUACUUGUCCCGAAUUAUGUGUAAGGUGGGGUCUUUACCUGGGUUCAAGUAUCAUAAUAAAUGUUCAAAGUUGAAGUUGAAUCACUUAUGUUUUGCGGACGACCUGCUUAUUUUUUGCAAUGGAGAUUUUGUUUUAAUAAUGCUUAUGUUGAGGGGUUUGAAGUUAUUCUCUUCUUCUUCGGGUUUGCUCCCUAACUCAGAGAAAACUGCAAUUUACUGUCAUGGAAUGUCUGAUGCUGUUGUAGAUAGAGUGCUGGCAGCUUCUGGUUUUUCUCGUAGCCACCUCCCAUUCAGGUAUCUCGGGAUACCUAUAUGUUCAAAAAGAAUUUCUGCUGCUGAUUGUAAAUGUAUUUUGGAGAAGAUGACUAGUAGGAUUCGAUCUUGGAGCACUCGGAAUCUAUCUUAUAUGGGGAGAGUGACUUUGAUCAAUUCAGUCCUUAUCUCGAUACAUUCAUAUUGGGCUCAGAUAAUGAUUCUACCAAAGAAAUUGAUCAAAGAUGUUGAAGCAAUUUGUAGAGCCUUUCUUUGGAAAGGUAUCUCAGACUCUCAUAUACCAGGAUUGAUUGCUUGGGAGUAUAUUUGUUCAUCUAGGGCGGCUGGUGGCUUGGGCUUUCGGAGACUACAUGAUUGGAAUUUGGCUGCCAUGGGAAAGUAUGUUUGGGCAAUUGCCAAGAAGAAAGAUAACCUUUUUGUCAAGUGGAUUAAUAGCGUCUAUCUGCUGGAUCAGAAUUGGUGGGAUUACAAGUGUCCCACGGAUUGUAGUUGGCACUGGAAGCGUUUAGUUGCUGUUAAGGACUGUUUUAAAACAAAAAUCUCUUAUGAUUCAUUCUUAUCGCAGAGAUAUAAUAUCAAACUCGGUGUAAAUCUGAUGGUUUCUCAAGAAUCUAGAGUGCCAUGGAGGAAAUUUGUUUGGGUAGACUUAUUACUCCCAAGCAUCGAUUUAUUAUGUGGUUAG